AUCAUUAUCAUAAGAAAUUUAGCGAAAUUAACAACCAAAUGUUAUCUCGUAAAGGUGAUGGUUAGUUGAUAAUUUCAUGUUUUAACAAAAGAGCUGACACCUCAAAUGCUUCCAAACGUAUCGUACUCGUUAAAAUGUACACGCUUUUGCACGGUUUCUAUAGGUAUAUGGUCCAAAAAGAUGAGUAUUGCGUCCUCAUACUUGGAUUGGACAACGCUGGUAAAACCACGUACUUAGAAGCCGCCAAAACAAAACUAACCAAAAACUAUCGAGGCAUUCAUCCGAGUAAAAUAACCACAACCGUUGGAUUAAACAUUGGGAAAAUCGAAUUGUCAGGAGUUAGAUUAAAUUUUUGGGACUUGGGUGGUCAAACCGAAUUACAAUCCUUAUGGGAUAAGUAUUAUGCAGAAUCCCAUGCAAUCAUAUAUAUUGUUGACUCAAACGAUCGUGAACGUAUAGAUGAAUCAAAAGAAACAUUCGACAAAAUGAUAGCGAAUGAGAACUUACAAGGUGUCCCUUUAUUAGUCCUUGCAAAUAAACAGGAUAUUCCCGAUUGUAUGGGCGUUCGUGAGGUAAAACCAAUUUUUAAUAAAAACGCUCAUUUGAUCGGGAAACGGGAUUGUAUGGUAAUGCCUGUUUCUGCGUUAACCGGCGAGGGGGUCGAUGAAGGUAUAAGAUGGCUUGUGGAUUGUGUUAAAAGGAAUAGUAUAUUAAGAACUCCAAGGAACAAUGAAAAUACAUAAAAAAUGCAUUAAUUUUCCUAUAUUUAUUUAAAAAGUAAGAAAAUCGUUGUA